UCGCCAGGCCGCGAGUAAUGUCUGAGUUGAUCCUUCUUAUUCCCCUUCUCAUUCCCCUUCUUCUCGCUACUGCCAUUCACCCCUCUCAUUGCUCUCUUUCUCACUUUCGCCGUCCAAACUCGAUCCCCAACGCAAGAAACACAAUCAUGACCGCGGCAUCUUCGCGCAUUGCAAAAGCCCCUCGUGCCCGCGGUCGACCUCCGUCGACGAACGUGCCGUGCGCGGAUUGCGUGCUCCGCGCGAGCCAAAAGCAGAACGCCAGUUCGGAGAUCGAACUCUGCGCCCAUUGCACCGCUGCUCUGCACCGCCAUCGAAAAAGUCAGUCGGACUUGCCAACAACGACACCAGUCACUCGGAGACGGUGUCAAAAGACUGACGAGAAUGCGAGUCGUUCCUGCAAGGCUGGGAAGCUGCCGGCCGUUCACGGCCGUGAAUGGCAACAAGACCAGCAAUUCCAGAGUCUUGUGUCGGCCCCGUUGCUCGAUUGUGAUUGCGUCUGGCAACAAUCUCGUUCGCACGCCAGGGAUGUCGGGAUAGAGAGGCCGCAAGAAUACGGUGUAAGCUGGACUCGACAACAACAACAACAACAACAUCAGCCAGUCGACGCCACCUACUCGUACUUACCGUACGAGCAGCACAGAAGUACGCCGCCGGCGCCAUCGAACCCAAUGUUCACGCGGAUGCAACGGCCGCCAUAUCCCAUCGAGAACAUGUCGUCUCACAAACUGCAUGCUCCUUAUUACAACGAUGCACCGACACCCAACAUCAGACGACCGAGUACAAGGCCCGAAUUGUUCUACGACGGCGAUGGUAUGCCGAUGCCCAAUUGCUACGAUCACGAGGCGUUUUGGCAGGAGUUUGGUGUUGCUGGAGUUUGAGGUUCUGUGAAGCGUGUCUCUAAGUGUAGUCGGGGUUGUACCGGGAACUGGGAGUCGGGUUUUGAUUGAUUUUAGGGUGGUGGAGGAGUUUAGAAAGGUGAGUGAUACCCAUAUGUCACGGGAAUGUAUUGUUACAUACAAAGCUUUGAUCCGUUUGAAUGGCGUCUUGAGCCCGCUCCGUCCGAGUAAUAAGGCAUGGACGGGUGCUUCUGAUGACGUCUGUCUGCGCUCGCUGCUUCACCAGCCUCUACUAAAGGAGCAAAAUCGUCGUCAAGUACAUGUAAAUGAAUUAUG